GAGCCUGAGUUGGGCGCGGCGACGCCCGAGGAGACGCUGGAGGCGUCGGCUGCAGUGACCGGCACCGCCUGGCUGGAGGUUGACAGCCCGGGCCUGGGCGGAGGGACAGUAGACGUGGGCAGUGGCGACGCCCAGGCCCUCCCAGCUACGCUCCAGGCUCCCCAGGAGGCCCUCGGUCAGUCUGCAAUGCCCCCCACCACCCCUGAGACUCCAGAGGUCAGCGGACCACCUUCCCCAACCCCCAGCGACAAGCUGAGCCCAGACCCGGAACUCCCCAAGGAGAGCCCCUUGGAGGUUUGGCUGAACCUGGGGGGCAGCACACCCGACCCUCAAGGGUCAGAGCCCACCUACCCCUUUCAGGGUACGCAAGAGCCCCAGCCUGCCUCAGAUAUAAUUGACAUCGACUACUUUGAAGGACUGGAUGGUGAGGGUCGUGGUGCCGACCUGGGGAGCUUUCCGGGGUCACCAGGAACCUCAGAGAACCACCCUGACACUGACGGGGAGACCCCUUCCUGGAGCCUGCUUGACUUGUACGACGACUUCACCCCCUUUGAUGAGUCUGAUUUCUACCCCACCACAUCUUUCUAUGAUGACUUGGAGGAAGAGGAAGAGGAGGAGGAAGAUGACAAGGAUGCAGUGGGCGGUGGUGACCUGGGAGAGGAAAAUGAUCUUGUAGUGCCCACUCAGAAGCCUGGUCCAGGACACACUCUGGGGUUGGUCCCUGGCAGCAGCAUCGCCCUCAGGCCCCGCCCGGGAGAACCAGGCCGGGACCCGGCACACGGUGGAAACGGCACCGAGUGCCGCAGCGGCUUUGUGCGGCAUAAUGGCUCCUGCCGGUCGGUGUGCGACCUCUUCCCGAGCUACUGCCACAAUGGCGGCCAGUGCUACCUGGUGGAGAACAUAGGGGCCUUCUGCAGGUGCAACACGCAGGACUACAUCUGGCACAAGGGCAUGCGCUGCGAGUCCAUCAUCACUGACUUCCAGGUGAUGUGCGUGGCCGUUGGCUCGGCCGCCCUGGUGCUACUCCUGCUCUUCAUGAUGACGGUGUUCUUUGCCAAGAAGCUGUACCUGCUCAAGACGGAGAACACCAAGCUGCGAAGAACCAACAAAUUCCGGACCCCAUCCGAGCUGCACAACGAUAACUUCUCCCUCUCCACCAUUGCUGAGGGCUCUCACCCAAAUGUAAGGAAACUCUGCGACACACCCCGUACUCCCUCCCCGCAUGCCCGGGCCUUGGCUCACUAUGAUAACGCUCUCUGUCAGGAUGAUCCCAGUGCCCCCCACAAAAUCCAGGAAGCCCUCAAGUCCUGCCUGAAAGAGGAGGAGUCGUUUAACAUCCAGAACUCCAUGUCGCCCAAGCUUGAGGGUGGCAAAGGUGACCAGGCGGACUUGGAGGUGAACUGUCUUCAGAACAACUUAACCUAAAGCAGACAGAGUGGGGAGAGAGGAAC